AUGCCAUUUUUCAUCAAGCACCGCCCUUCCUAGAUCCUGCAAGAUGGCUGAAAUGUCUGAAGUGGAUCUGGAUGCUCUAGUGGUCCAGGUGGAGGGACUGGGCCUGGAAGAAAACAAAGUGGGCUCUGGGGCCUAUGGAAUAGUCUUCAAAGUCACAGUCAAAGGAAAAAAGUGCAUUGCAAAGAAACUUCAUAACAUCUUGCUCCAAGCUGACAACUACUACCCUCAUGCCCCCACUCAGCAGAGGGAGUUCAUUGUGAGAAAAUUCCGCAACGAGUGUUGCAUUCUGAAGAGUUUGGAUGAUCCCAACGUGGUCAGUUUUGAAGGAAUCCAUUACGGCCAUGACAAGAACGACAUCAGUCUGAUAAUGGAGAGGCUUCAUUCUGACCUGGCCGACUUUGUCAAGAAGAAUCCCAGCACAAACCUUGCCACUAGAAUCCACAUUCUGUACGAUGUAUCUAAGGGCCUUCGCUACCUUCACUCUCUGACCCCUCCCCUCAUCCACCGAGAUCUCACUGCUCCCAACAUCCUGCUCACUGAGGACCUCACUGCCAAGAUCGGAGACCUGGGCGUGUCCAGGUAUGUGGAUCCAACAGUGCCCACCAUCUUGUCCACUAAUCCGGGACACCUCUUCUACAUGUCUCCGGAAAGCCAGGAAGAGAAUCCCGUUUACACCACCAAGCUGGACAUCUUCUCUUUCGGCAAUCUCAUCAUCCACACCGUCAUCGGGGACUUGCCUAAGGUGUACAGAAUUUCAGCCAGUGAUCCAAACAAGACACAAUACGAACGUGAGGGGAAGAUGGAGCUGAUGAGACGAAACACAUCUGUCAAUGUUCAAAUGGGGGAGAACCACGCCCUUUAUCCUCUCGCUGUUUGUUGCCUCCACGACCGGCCUGAGCAGAGACCAGCAGUAGAGGAAGUGAGCAGCUCACUCAGAGAGCUGUGUCACAGGCACCCCAGAAUGUCACUCCUGGAAGCGUGCAAGGCUGGUAAUGUGGGUGUGGUUCAGGAGCUACUGGACGGUGGGGCUGAUCCCAACCAGGCUGAUGAGAAUAACGCAACUGUUGUUUGCUGGGCCAGUAACAAUGGACAUGAUGAGGUGGUGAGGGUCCUUAUUCGAGCUGGAGCUAAUUUCAACACUCUAGACAAGUGGAGACAGUCCCCUCUCUGGUUAGCCAAUUUAUAUGGUCACCAGAAGUGUGUGCAGCUUUUACUUUAAGCUAGGGCCAUUGUUGAUGUACAAAAAGAGGUGAGUGUACGAGUCAGUGUAGUUGUAUCUAAACAACCAUAAGCUAUAGUAACUGCCAUCGUAGCCGUGCAUGUUAUAACUUCACCUUUGUACUCAGGUAGGUUAAGGACUGGGACCAACUGGGACCAGCAAUUAUUGCUGAAUCAGCUAAAACGCAGCCACGCCCACGAUUUUUAAUAUGUUUUGUGUGUAAAAAAUUAGUUUAGCUACUUAUCUUUUUUAGUUCUAAUUCCGGAGGUCUAAACCUUCCUUUCAGCUCUAAAUUUUUAGUGUAGUAGGUAGUUCAAAGGUUUGUGCAGACUAUUCAAUCGGGAGGGAGCUGUUCAUUCAGCCAAAGGUGAGAUUUUGCAAAAAACGUAGUUUUCUAGCUGUUAAUUUUAAAUGUAAAAGCUAAUAACUUACUUUGCAUAGAGUACCAUGCUUCCUCCCAAUUGAAUAGUCUGCACAAACCUUUGAACUACCUACUACACUAAAAAUGUUGAGCUUAAAGGAAGGUUUAGACCUCCGGAAUUAGAACUAAAAAAGAUAAGUAGCUAAACUAAUUUUUUACACACAAAACAUAUUAAAAAUCGUGGGCGUGGCUGCGUUUUAGCUGAUUCAGCAAUAAUUGCUGGUCCCAGUCCUUAACCUACCUGAGUAUGUUGGAUUGUGAUCAGUUGGCUGAUGUAAUCGAGUGAAAUGUAUUGGUUGUGUUUAUGUUACUUUACUUCAUGAGUUCAGUCUGCAUUGUACUAUGACCGCGACAUUUUCGAGGCACUUAAUUUUCGUGGAAAGCGCCUCUAAAAGCAUUUCGUGUUGUGCUGUUUGGUCAAAUAACGUUGAAUCUUCCGUUAACUAAGUAUUUUGUUCUUUUCAUGGAGGAUUCUCGAAAAUAGUGAAAAUUAAGCGUCUCGAAAGUUAUGCACUAUACGAUAUUGAUCGGUGGACUGCGUGGAGUCGUUCAAUUGACUCAAUUGACUCAAUUAAACCAUAGAUUGAAGAAGGAGAGGGAUUGGUGCUCAACACUCGGGAAACAAUGUUCCAUCAAUUAUGAUCACUACAAGAUAUUCAGAGCCCCCCAAAACGUUGUUUUCAUGUCCCUUAACAGGGUUUCAUACAGAGGGGGGGGGGGGCCCUGGGAUUUCCUAUCCCCAGCCAAAUUCCCUCCCCCCCCUAGAAAUCUGAAAAUUAAUGAUGUCAUAAUAAAAAUGUAUGACUUUUCUCCUUAAAAUGUCUACAAUCUCAUCAAUAAAACUAUAGACUAGUAAAUAGUAAUGUAUGUUUUGAAGCACUCAAAAAACCCAAAUUGCACCUCAGAUAAAAAAUUUUCCGGGAGAGGACCCUCCAACCUCCCUCAAUUAAACGUUUCCCCCUCCCAGCUAAACAUCCUGUAUGAAACCCUGCUUAAUGGUGAGCAUCAGUUGGAUUGGAAAAGAAUUUUGACUUUUGUGAAGAUAGCUAGAGGUACAAAACGUUCUUUUGUCACGCUAUGAGAUCUUUAUGUACCUAGAACGCUUUAAGACUGUGCAACUCAUCGAUGUACUACUUCAAUCUAUGAUUAAACUGUCAGUUUAAGAUUCCAAAAUUGAUUUAAAUA